AUGGGUGGCUGCACUUCAAAGCCUCCCAAGUCUAACCCUUACGCACCCAAGAACGACCGCCAAUUCCAAUCUCCAGAUGACCAAUUCCAAGCUCCGUCAGCUCCAUCAGCUCCAUCUCCGCUUCCGAAUGCGUCUCCCUUCUUCCCGUCCCACACACCCAGCCCUUCCCGCCCCGUAUCGACGCCGACGCCGAUGCGGAUCUUCAAGAAGAUGCCCUUCCCGCCGCCUUCCCCGGCCAAGCACAUCCGCGCCGUUCUCCGGCGGCGGAAGGACAAGAAGAAGGUCAAGGCAGACGGCGGCGGCGGAGGGGAAGGUAACGAGGAGGAUGAGGUGGAAGGGGCGGAGCUGGACAAGCGAUUUGGGUUCUCGAAAGAGCUCGCGAGUAGGUUGGAGGUUGGGGAAGAAGUAGGGCGGGGGCAUUUUGGGUAUACUUGUUCGGCUAAGAUCAGGAAGGGUGAUCGGAAAGGGCAGCAGGUCGCCGUGAAAGUCAUUCCCAAAUCCAAGAUGACUACAUCUAUUGCAGUUGAAGAUGUGAGGAGGGAGGUGAAAAUAUUGAAGGCCUUGGCAGGACAUAGCAACUUAGUACAGUUCUAUGAUGCGUUUGAAGACUCUGAUAAUGUCUACAUAGUAAUGGAGUUGUGCGUAGGAGGUGAGCUCUUGGAUAGAAUACUUGCAAGAGGGGGAAAAUACCCAGAAGAUGAUGCCAAGGCAGUAAUGGUGCAGAUAUUGAAUGUUGUAUCUUUCUGUCAUCUACAAGGUGUGGUGCACCGUGAUCUUAAACCAGAGAACUUCCUGUAUACUUCAAAGGAAGAGACAUCUGAGCUGAAAGUGAUCGAUUUUGGCUUAUCAGAUUAUGUCAGACCAGAUGAAAGGCUCAAUGACAUUGUAGGAAGUGCCUACUAUGUUGCACCAGAGGUUCUACAUAGGUCUUAUAGCACUGAGGCUGAUGUAUGGAGUAUAGGUGUAAUAGCUUAUAUUCUACUGUGUGGAAGUCGUCCAUUUUGGGCCCGAACGGAGUCUGGAAUAUUUCGAUCGGUCCUGAAAGCUGACCCAAAUUUUGAUGAAGCAUCUUGGGCCUCCAUAUCUCCGGAAGCAAAAGACUUCGUCAAGCGCCUAUUGAACAAAGAUCCUAGGAGGAGAAUGACUGCCACCCAAGCAUUAAGUCAUCCUUGGCUCAGAAAUUAUAAUGAUGUGAAAUUACUCCUUGAUAUCUCAGUACUGAAACUAAUGAGGGCUUAUGUUCGAUCAUCUUCUUUGCGUAAGGCUGCUUUAAGGGCAUUGGCCAAGACAUUGACUGCAGAUGAAGUCUUUUAUCUGAAGGAGCAAUUCACAAUAUUUCAGCCAAACAAAAAUGGCAGCAUAACAUUGGAGAACAUUAGGAUGGCAUUGAUGAAAAAUGCAACUGAUGCAAUGAAAGAUUCUCGCAUGCCUGAUAUCCUAGCCUCGCUAAAUACACUUCAACACAGAAAGAUGGAGUUUGAAGAGUUUUGUGCAGCCGCAUUAAGUGUUCACCAAUUGGAGGCACUUGAUAGAUGGGAACAGCAUGCUCGAUCUGCAUAUGAAAUAUUUGACCAAGAUGGAAACAGGGCUAUUGUUAUUCAGGAACUUGCCUCAGAGCUUGGCCUUGGACCAUCCAUCCCAGUUCAUGCAGUUCUAAACGAUUGGAUAAGACAUGGCGAUGGUAAACUUAGCUUCCACGGGUUCAUCAAGCUGUUGCAUGGCAUGUCUAGCCGAGCCAUGAUGAAGGCGUCAUGA